UGACGUAGACUGGUUGCUUUCAUUAAACUGCUAGCAUUGAUUCAACAAUGCAUCCAAAAGUUUCCGCCGAUGCAGCCAUCAAUUUACCGCCGGUUGAUCCGGUCUUCUUAACUUGGGAAGGUUUGUCGGUAACUGCAAAGAAAACGAAACGUUUAUUACUUCACGAUGUUACGGGGAUUGCUCAACCGGGGCAGCUAAUCGCCCUAAUGGGUGCAAGGUUUCAAAUUUUGGCCGUUUUGAUUUAA